AUGAACAAUUCGAUCGGAAUCGCACUUCUGCUCCUAUUCGCUUCUGCGCAAUCCGUCUCUGGCGUUAAACGGAACAGCCACAAUGUGCUGGACAUCCGUGAGCAGAUCAACGAGCUCAACAAGGCCAGACUUAAAGUGGCGAAACGAAAUGAAAUAGCAAACAUGCAAGAAGUGACUUUCGACCGAACUUUGGAGAGUAAAGUUAAAAAAAUGACUUGCGACGAGUUGACGUCUCCCGGCACGGACUAUGUCGUUUUCGGUUUGCUCGAGAUAUUAAGAGCUGUAAUAGCAUUGGAAUCGAAAACUGGGGGAGGAGAUCUCAUGAAAUCUCCACUGUUCCACCCGCUUCAAACCAAGGUUGCUUGCGCAAACCUCGCUACAAUGUGCGAUGGCAAAACAGGCAUGUGUCUCAUGGGACCCAAAAACUCCCCAGUUAAAGAGUCGGAUAUCAAGCGUGGAUCCCCUGGAACUGGAUGCUCUGGUGGUGAUGGAUCCAGUGGAUUGUGUAUGGGCGGUGGUAGUGGUGGUGCUGUUGAGAAUCAAUCAGACAAGAAGUCAGGAGACGGUGAUGUGGAGUCAAAAGGAUCGAAGGAUGGCGAAGAAGCUGCAUCCUCUGCAUCCACGCCAAUGGCUCUUUUGUCUCUUGCUUUCGGUUUUAUCAUGACAUAG